AUGGCAAAGCAACCCAACCUCUACAGUUACCCCACUGUCGAUGAGGUCGCAGCCAACCUGCGCACCUACAUUCUCCAUGCACAGAAAGCCGCCUUGAACCGUCAUGAUGCGUUUAAGAUCGCAGUCUCGGGUGGCAGCUUGCCAGCCACUCUGGCCAAAGCCCUCCUUAUUCCAGGUAACAACGAAGAUGCAUCGCAAAGCCCCCAGUUUUCCAAGUGGCACAUAUAUUUCGCCGACGAACGUGCUGUACCCCUCGAUCAUGAAGACAGCAAUUAUGGUCUCCUGAAGAAAGAUCUACUUGACAAAAUCCCUGCCGAACAAGGCGCACCCCAUGUAUAUCCCAUCAAUCUCAAAUAUCUCGACAAUACCCAAGAGCUCGCCGAUCAAUAUCAGGAAGUCCUCAUGUCCGGAUUCGCCAACAAGGAUAGUGUCCGCCUACCCAUUUUCGAUCUCAUUCUCCUCGGUUGUGGUCCGGACGGUCACACCUGCAGUCUUUUCCCUGGCCAUGAACUACUCCGAGAGGCUGAUGCUUGGGUCGCAAGCAUUGAAGAUAGCCCCAAACCGCCCCCACGGAGAAUUACACUUACGCUACCUGUCGUGACACAUGCACACAAGAUCGCUUUCGUGGCCACGGGCGGUGGAAAGAAAGAAAUCCUGAAGAAGAUCCUUGAAGCCGACGAUGAGGGCCGCAAUCUACCGUGUGGACUCGUCAAUGAGGGCGCUGGCGAAAAAGUUUCAUGGUUCACCGACAGUGCGGCCGUCGAAGGAGUUGCGUUCCCUAGGAGGGGCAGUUUGUGA